CCUCUUUAAAACCCCCAAACCUUCUAUCACUACCCUACCCUCACUUCACACCACCGAACCAACAAUUUAAAUUAAAAAUAAAAUAAAAUAAAACCAUUAUUCAAACAAAAACCAUGUUUCCCCUACCCCUUCUCCUCCUCCUCCUCCUCCCCUACCCCUCCUCCGCCGCCGACUUCUGCGUCGCCGACUUCUCCGGCCCCACCUCCCCCUUAGGCUUCUCCUGCAAGAAGGAAUCCGCCGUCACCGCCUCCGAAUUCGUCUUCUCCGGCCUUGGCGCCGCUGGCAACACCAAUAACAUCAUAAAAGCCGCCGUCACUCCCGCCUUCGCCGGUCAAUUCGCCGCAGUCAACGGCCUCGGAAUCUCCGCCGCCCGCCUCGACCUCGCCCCUGGCGGCGUCGUCCCCCUCCACACCCACCCUGCCGCCUCCGAGCUCCUUGUCGUCACCCAAGGAGUCAUCUCCGCAGGCUUCAUCUCCUCCGCCAAUACUCCGUAUACCGCCACUCUCAGAAAGGGCGACGCCAUGGUUUUUCCUCAGGGCCUCCUCCACUACCAGGUGAAUGCCGGCGGGAUAACGGCCGUCGCCAUUGUGAGCUUUAGCUCGCCCAGCCCGGGGUUGCAGAUAACGGACUUCGCGCUGUUUGCUAACAAUAUUUCGACGCCGUUAAUACAGAAGGUUACGUUCCUCGAUGCUGAGCAGAUUCUGAAGCUGAAGAAGGUGCUUGGUGGAAGCGGGUGAGCGCUGCAAUUUUCGAAAUAUUAGGGGGCUAUGUGUUGUUAUUUUCGGGAUUUUCAUUUGUGAUUAGUGUUGUUUUUGUGCGUGUGAUUUCUUCGGUGCGUUGUCUAAUUAGUAAAAUUGGAAAUAAUUAGUUAUUUUCUUUGAUGUGGACAAUUUCUAAAUUGUUUUUUA